AGCUACGAGGUGGCACCGCAGCGGUGGCGCUUUGAUCGCAACCUCGGCUUGGUGCUUGUAAGCGGCAUCUGUUACAAGUUAAAAGAAACGCGUUUGUGCCCUGUCCUUGUGCAGCCAGCAGCAACGAAGCUAAAAACUGUUGUCUUUUUAUCACCAUGUCGGCCGCCGAAGUCGAGCAGACCAACGGUAACUACAUCGACGACCACAUUCGCACACUCAAGUUGCAGAGCCAUGUCGGAUUUGACAGCCUUCCCGAACAGCUGGUUAGCAAAUCUGUGCAGCAAGGCUUCCAUUUCAACAUCCUCUGCAUUGGUGAGACAGGCAUAGGGAAGUCAACCCUAAUGGAGUCUCUGUUCAACCGUUCAUUUGAAACAACACAGAGCCCACACAACUUAGCCAAUGUGGUGCUGAAACCGAAGACUUUUGAAUUGCAAGAAAGCAAUGUAAGGCUUAAGCUGACAAUUGUGGACACUGUUGGCUAUGGGGACCAAAUCAACAAGGAAGACAGCUUCAAAGCCAUUGUGGACUACAUCAAUGCCCAAUUUGAAAACUACCUUCAGGAAGAGCUUAAGAUCAAGCGUUGCCUGUCGCUGUACCACGAUACCCGCAUCCAUGCCUGUCUGUACUUCAUUUGCCCCACCGGGCAUGGGCUGAAGUCUAUUGACCUUGUGUGCAUGAAGAAGCUGGACAGCAAGGUGAACAUCAUUCCCAUCAUCGCCAAGGCAGACACUAUAUCCAAGACAGAGCUGCAGAGGUUCAAGAUUAAGAUAAUGAGCGAGCUUGUCAGCAACGGAGUUCAGAUUUACCAGUUCCCAACAGACGAUGAAGCAUCUGCAGAGCUUAAUCAGAGCAUGAAUGCCCAUGUUCCACUGGCUGUCGUAGGCAGCACAGAUUUUGUGCGAGUCGGAAACAAGAUGGUCCGAGCACGCCAGUACCCUUGGGGAACAGUUCAAGUGGAGAAUGAGAACCACUGUGACUUCGUGAAGCUUCGGGAAAUGCUGCUGCGGACAAACAUGGAAGACCUGAGGGAGCAGACGCACACCCGCCACUACGAGCUGUACCGGCGCAUGCGGUUGGAGCAGAUGGGCUUCUCGGACGUUGGCACUGACAACAAGCCGGUCAGCUUUCAAGAGACCUAUGAACAGAAGCGGCAGGAGCACCUCAGUGAGCUGCAGCGGAAGGAGGAUGAGAUGCGCCAAAUGUUUGUGGUUCGAGUCAAGGACAAAGAGGCCGAGCUCAAGGAAGCUGAAAAAGAGCUGCAUGCCAAGUUCGACGCAUUGAAGAAACAGCACGCCGAAGAGAAACGCAAGCUCGAAGAGGAGCGCAAGCGACUCGAGGACGAAAUUCGGCAGCUGAACGAAAAGAAAGUCCUGGUGCAGCAAGUGCAGAGCCAUUCCUCUCACACGCUCACCCUCGGUAAGAGCAAGAAGAAGUGAUGUCUGCUCGCUCCAGACUGGCACGUCACGCCGCUCUGCUUGUCACCGUGGGAACCAAGGCUGAUUGAAGCAACUCUCUGUGCCCUUUGUUCCGCUCGCCGUUGUGUCAAGCAGAGGGUAAGUUAUGGCUGUGGCUGCUGGCAGGCCUUGGUACUGUGGCCAAGUGUCCUCGCUUGCUGUUUUUCUCGAGUGCGAAGUUGCAACGCGGUGGGUGCGACUCUUUUGUAAAUGGAGCUUCUUUGAAGGGAACCUCGGCAUGUUCGUCUCGUCUAGAACGUUGCAUCCAUGAAAGGGAGGUCUCGUACUCUGAUGUUAUUGUCAAAGUGCCCUCACGUGCCCCUCUUUUUUUCUGAGAAGACGCGACACUAGCCACAUCAAACCAAUGCAACUACUUCAAUGGAAUGGCAUGUCUUAUCCCGAGACACUGCAUACUGGUUCAAAGAUUCUUGAAGGUGCACUUUGGUCUGACCUACUAUGGAGAAUGACAGGUUCUAAAAGGUCAGCAAUGUUAGUGGUUUGUUGCUUACCAGUAUAGUGAAAGCGGCUGUGAUUAAUAACUUUGAACAAGCUGCUGCCAGUAAGGCCUUUACAGCCUUAUAAAGUUCUUUUCUUUAUUAACGAGGAACAGCCAUACUUAUGAGCAUCUUUUUCUAAAUGCAUAAGCUGCAAGACUUUUACUUUAUCAACCGAAGCUUGCGAUUUUUUAGCAGCAGCAAUUCAUUUUAGCGCCCAGACAAGUAAUUAGAGGGUGCAAUAAAUUGUCGCAGAUGCACAAACGAGUUCAUGUUUCUUAUAUAGUAUUCAUCAUCACACAGAUUCAAAGGAAAGUGAACUUUUUUGAAUUGUGUUCCUUUGCAUAAUGUAAAUACGUAUGUGUUCUUCGUCGUCUACUUACAGUGUAUAGCAUGAAGUGAAAUGCCAAUGUUUGUGGAAAUGCAGCAUCUGCCACCAGAGUUUCUAUUAGUAUGUCAAACUACGGCCACAUUCUUACUUGUUAGCGUCGCAAAUUCAUCGAGAACCUGCAUUUGCGAAACGUUUUUUGGGGGCUAGUUAGUUCAUGACUUCUGAAGGAAAAAAAUUCAGUGCAAAGCAACACAUGGGCAGACAAAGAGCACGGGACCGGUGCCAGUCCUGUCCGUGGGUUGCUUCGCGCUAAAUAAUUUUUUCCUUUCCUGUCCCUGAUAAGUAAAAUUUGCAAAGAUUUAUUUUUCUGAAAACAGGUAUGUCAGCAAGGUAUUUUGUUGGAAUUAAGCCGCUCGAAAUACCGUAUUUACUUGCAUAAUACUUGCACUUUUUUUUUUUUUCAUAGAAAACCGUUGAAAAGUUAAGGGGGGGGGGGGGGGGGGGCAAGAAUUAUGCAGAGAAAGCUUUUUGUGAAAACAUACGGAGUGAAAAAUAAAACGAAGCGGCCGCUUAUCGGAGGUUCUUGCACCAGCAACUAACUACAAGCUUUGUACUAACGGGACUUUCGUUACAAUAAAACCAACGGUGCAAGAUUUAUUUGCAGACACUAAGCCACUAGCAAGUUGUGUCUCAAGGGUCUUCGCAUGAUGUAAUCAAGAAGUGCUGCCUCAACCUGCAGAUACUUUCUAGUCUUAUUUCCUAUGUUCAUAAACGCUCCUUGACUUAAACUUGACUUGCAACCACCUUCAAUGCAGCACUGAUGCAUUUCAAACGGGCUGUCUUCAGUUAAGCACGCUGCCUUGAGGCAGUAGCAAGUCCAGUUCAAGCCAAGUAGCUUUUCUGAAUAUGGAGGUUAGGCCCACGGAAGGCCCGACAUGCCUUGAUCGUGGCUCUCAGCUGCUCGUGCUGCUGUCCUCUGUAGCGGACACAGAACUCGUCGACGUCUACGUGCCUGCCGGUGGCCCUUUUGAUCUUUUUUCAUGCAUGAUCAAUCACUUUGAACUUGAAAGCAGCUGUGUACCUUCCAUAUCAACCCAUAGUGUAACCACAGAAAGGACACAACCGACACAGCGAUGUACGCUACAUGCUCCGAUGUGCCGUAGUGCCUACUUGCCACUUGUGGCUUGGCUCGAAUCGGAUUAGGGCUUUGUGCAUUGACAGUAUGUAUAGCGUUAUAGUAUAGAUAGCGUUCAGCUUUCUUGUGCUGUUAUCAUCGGUGAUCGGAGGAAGCAGACGACAUUACUGCUGCAAUUUUCCGGGGUGCGAUAAUUACUAACGAGAGCAAAAACACUUAUUUUUGAUGGGUGAUGCGGGAGUGUAAGGAAUGUGCGAGUAAAUACGGUAAAAUCAUCCUUGUCGGUGGGCCAGAGAAAACACUCGGCCAAAAUGUUCACUCUUGUAGCAGCCACAGUAAACUGGCAGUUGAGUCAUAUCGGCAGUGGUGAUUCAGACAAUGCAGGCCAUGUGCCAGGCCGCACUUUGUUUCUCAAUAUUUUUUUUACCAUUUUAGCACAUGUAAUUAUGUGUUAGUUUGAUGUCAGAUUUAAUUAAUUUUGCCUACCCUAGAAAGUUCAAGAAGCAUGUUUGAACAGAAAGUGUAGGUGGAAAGUACCAAUGCUAAAUCGACAGAAAUCUUAUGUGUGUUUCGUACCAAUUUCUUUCAUACCUUUAUUUUUUUCAACGCCUUUGCUUCAUGUACCCCGUUAAUUCUAAGCUUGUUUCAGAAGUCUAGGACUCCCUAAGCUCAAGCAGAUUUUGUGAAGUGUUGCUUUGUAUGGUGUAUCUUGACCCUCUGCAGCUUGUGCUUGUAAUUUUCAUUCUAUAAAAGCUGGAAUCAUGUAUAAUCACAGCUUACUUCAUCUUAUUGUUUUAGAUUUAUUUAUGCGAGUUCUUUGUUCCAUACUCUCAAAGCGAUUUACCAGUGCUGGCACAACGGUGCCAUGGUCUGGACAGACACAGCAAGCAUCCAAAAGCUAAUGUGUAUUGUAGCUUGCAAAAUACACUGAAGUGAGCGUGAGUGUUUUCAGAUCAAAAUGAAUUUUAUUUACAACUGCCUUUUUUUCUCUUUUGGUCUGGACAAAGCAUGCAUGUUGUCUCAUGUUCUAUAUUGAUUCGCAGCGUUGAAGGAAAUGUACUGGUAGCAGAGUCUCGCAGUGCACCACUCCGCUUUUGAGUGCCUGUACGGGUCAAUUUCGGGCACCGUUCUUUCAAUUACUGUGGGAGAUGCCCUGCUUAUACCUACUGAAGUUUCUCAUGAGGCGUGGAAGUCUCUCUGAUGAAAUAAGUUCUUAUGGCUACAUGAACUGCCGACUUGCACUGGCAGGCUGCCAACUGUCGUGUUAACUUAAUGCAGCAAACACUUGUUGUUGUAGAAGAGACUACUUCAUUUGUAGUAACAUUUUACCCUAUAUGUUUUUCUUGCAUGUUUUACAUUAGGGUAGUUUCCAGUAAUCAUUUUGUUUUAUAUGGACAAUAGGUGCAUAGUGUCUUAGUCAAGUAGAUACUACUACGUGGUUUUUUUCACCACCGAAGGUAUGUUUGUGCAUAUAGCCAGGUGAUUAUUAAGCAAUCUUGCCCAUUGCACUUCUCAGUGACAGUGGCAUUCUUGUGCUAAACAGGAGGCUGGAAGUUUGAAGUGUGACUUGAGCAGCCGCUUGUGAGAGACUCAUCAUUUCUGUGUGAGGCACAUUAUAUAGAAACAUUGCAGCAGACUGAAGGAGCCCGUGGUUGAAAUCAUGUCAGAGAGAUGGAGAGUACUUUAUUCAAAAGCAGUGAGGUGUGUUGGUGAAGAAGUACUUGCUUAUAUGUUGCUGCAUAAUGGGGGGAAGGGGCCAGGAUAAAAUGGAUUAAAUAUAUAAGGGAUUUUUAUUGUAUAAUUUGCAACACUCAAAUGCUAAGAACAAAGAUGCCUUGAAGUGUGCAUACUUUAUUUUGCAUUCUGCCAUGUUAAAGUGUAAAUGUACCUGCACAAUAACCAUAAGCAGAUUGCAGUGUGUGAAUUUAUGUUAAUACUAUUUCACUUGUUUUGGCACCUGAUUUUGGAGCAACUAUCUUUGGAAGGGUGUUAUAUUGAAAUGAAUAACGAACUUGGAUGUCAAUUUUAAGCAGCAUGUCAAAAAUCUAUAGUGCGAUAAAUCGGCUUACUGUGCUGUCAUGCUGACAGAGUCAAACAGUCAAGGUGUUAUAAUUGUGGAUAUGUCAGUGCAAGUGUUGUUAGGUAGCGUUGGUCAUACCAGACAGACCUCUUUUGUCAUACCAGACAGCCAAGGUGCUGGUGGUAAAAUUAUUGCACUUACUGGGUCUUGUGAUGGCAGAAAUGGUCACAGCUUGACUUGCUUCAUACUUGGCUGCAGAAAUUUUUCACAAGCUUGUGACAUGAGGCCGGUUCUGAAGUUGGAGCCCAUUUGCAGGGCAAGUUAACUCAGCGUGGCUGGGACCAAAACUAUGCUGGGCUGGUGUUUGUCCAUAGGGGUUCUUAGCUUCACCCUUUUGUGGGUGUGAGAGGCAAGUGCGAUUUGUUAUGUGAAGCGCUGAUACUAAUGCGAAUUGAAAAUCAGUAGUAAGCAUACAUGCCAAGUCUCCCGGAUUUGCCGGGAGACUCUUGGAUUUCGACUGUUUUUUUCCGGUUGUACGGUUGUCAUGAAAAUCUCCCUGAAAUCGAAAUUUCUGUGCGUGAUCUGACCGCAUUGACAAAAAAGCAGCUCAUUUGUCUCCAGGCUUUUCGAACCUACCCCAUUUUAUUAUGAGUUUAAGAGGCGUUCACGUAAACGUACAGUAUAAUCUCAGUGAUGUGAAACCGCGGCAGAUACGAAUUCUUGAAAAUCCCCAAGCCAAAUUCUAUUAUGUUCAUCGGGCCUCAAUUCGAACGUUCCGAACACAUUUUUUAAGCGCAGCGGGUGAUACGAACUUUAGUACACAAA